UUUUUUGUGUGUGUUUAUUUUGCACUCAUCAUUGAAUCACCAUGGUCAUUAUUACCAACACAUUGCUGAGAAGAUGGCCUUUGGCAGGUUGAUGGCUCCUGAUGAGAAUGUGAUCAUAGCUGUCUACCUUGGCCCUCAGCAGCACACCUCCCUCCAUCACACUACGUGGUUGCUAGGCAACAGAUCUCUGUGGCAGCCAGGGAUUGGUGGAGGCCUUUGAAUUAAUGGUGAGAAUACUUGUGUCAGUACACAGUGUUCUGGCCAAGCUGCAGCCCACCGCUACAGUAAAACCAAGACGGGGAAGAUUCUCAAAAAUGAGAGAGAUAUAUAGAAUUAUUUCCUCAGUCCCACACAAUUACUCGAGGCAAGUGGAAUUACCGAGACCCUAGAGAAAUACGUGUCGCAAAGCGGAGAGGUUGGAGGGAGGAAUGGGUAUGAAAGACGUGGUGGUUAACAAGUGUUUGCUUGUGUGGGAGGCACAGUUCUGUUUCCUCCAGGCUCCUUCAGCUGAUAUCUCUUUCAUGUACUUUCACUGCUGCAGCAGAACACUCACUUUUUAAUAUAUAUCUAAUAUUUCACAAAUUUCCUCCACACAUCCUGGUUUUGUAUUCUUUUUCUGGUCCUGUAAUGAGCCUGUGGUGAUCUGCCUCCACAAAACAAAAUUAGGUUUAAAGGAAGUGCUUUUUUUAAUCUUUUCAGUCUGCUUUUUUACUAUUACUAAACUACACAUUUAUUUACUCUUGCUUGAGAGAUUGGUCAACAAAAAAGUGUGGCCUCAACAGACACGCACAUUGCUGUCUUACUGUAAAGUACUGAUGCAUUAUUAAGAAGAGAAAACCCUCCUCUGCAUAUUUCACCCUCACUUCAGAAGCUCUCACACUGAUCAUUUGAAGUGAUAUGAUAGCUUUUAUCUCCAGUGUAUGCUUCUUUGAAAAUGUCUCCAGCUACACCAAUUCACCAAUUCACAGGUUUAAUCUCUCUGCACACAGUUAGCAUUGUGUCGCUAUGAGAACCUGCAGCGAAUUACUAUGAUUUACUGAUGAUUAGAGAGCUGAACAGAGAUUUUGUCAUUACAUAUACCACACACUGCCAGAACCCGACCGUGGUUUCCAGGGAAACUGGAUAUGUGAAGCUUUUCAACAGACACAGCCACAGCUUAAAGAGCGAGGAUUGCCUAAGAUAGAUUCUUCUAGAGACAAACCUGUAGCCACUGCAAUCACUAUCAAUCAACAGGGGAGAUACACGGACAGAUGUGGGUCUGAAUCAACGGUGAGAUUUGCGAUGUUUGACCCAAAGCUGAGAGAGAGAGACUUCAGUCUGACUUAGACCACUGAGGUAUUCCACCACUUUAAUGCAGAGACAGAAUGGGAAGUCUUAAGGACGAGAUGAGGGGUCUCAGAGAGGAGGACCACAAUCCCUGUGAGAAGGCGGAUGAUGGAGAGCGUCCAGGUGGCUCAGAUGGCAGCGCUGUGCCUGAGGGACCUCAGAUUAACACGAGUCAGGAGUCAACAAAUCAGGGGGACUAUCAGCCAAAACUUCACAUGAAUGCCAGUUACGCUGAAGAGAGAGACAAGAUUCCAAUAUCCAAAGAUCAAGUGCUGUCAGGAGGGGUUUGUGACACAGCUGACCAAUCAGACUCUAUAGGAGGUAAAGACUCUACGCAGACUGACGCCAUCCCUUUGAUGCAACAGCCUGAAGAUGAUAAAACAACAGCAGCUACACAUAAUGGCACGACAAUCUCCAGUAAUAAGUUCCCAAGUGAUGGAGAUGGAGACAGGGAAAUUCAGGGGGAAAUGCCAAAGGAUGAAAACACAAGUCAUGACAGAGAAAAGGUGGCAGAAAUUGAAAAUAUCUCUGUGCCUAUACCAGUAACUCCAGGCCCCUUUGACCCACGUUCCCCUGCCCCUGUUGGUCAGCACCACAUGCGCACACAGGUCAGCCUGGAGGUGGUCCAGUGUUGUUCCGCAGCCACCAGCCCCAUGACGCCUCCAGAGGGCAGCCAUUCCUUUUUCUUCCCAAGCUCUUUUGGUAGAUCUGGAGCAGUGGGUGCUGACACCAAAGAUGCUGAGUUACAGGUGGGUCAGCAGGUGGAGUUCUGCUCUGUUGCUACAUCCCCCAUGACUCCAAAGACGCCAUCCACCACGGCUUUCCCAGAACUUAUCGGGAGAGAGACGGUGCAGAAGGAGGAGAAGGUGAAAAAGAGUGAGGGGCAGAGGGACAGUGGCCAACAAGACAAAAAGACAAAAAGUCCAGCAGAGGCUGAGUUAGAGAUAACUGGAGCUAUCAAAUUUACCACAACAAAGGAGCUGAGUGAAGACUUUAGCUCAAAUACACCCCCAGAGAGCUCCACCAGCUGCCCUGCUGCUGGCUUAAUAGAUUCACAAGUAACUCUGGAGGAUAGUAAGCAGCAAUGUAAGCAGCAGAGGAUGGGAAGUAUGGAUCAAGACAUUACAAUCCUAGUGACCCACUAUGACAACAAUGAAGAUGAAGAGGGGGAGUCAUCUUUAUAUCCAACAGAGCCAGAGAUGGUCAAAAUAGAUGAAUAUGAGGAACUCAGAGAAAGCAACAGUGAUGUAAUGAGGGAGAAUGGAAAGGAAAAUAUCCUCACAGAAACUGUGGCUCCUCAUCAUGCACAGGACAUAUUGAACACAAACCCUCCACAAAACAAAGCUGAGGAGUCCUCUGUUGCUGCUUUUGGUGAUGUAAAAACAGACGUGAAAUGUGACAAUUCAGAGGUCAAAGAAAACAAAGAUGCAUGUGAGGAGCUGAGAGAGGUUUCCGUGACAAAGCCUCCCGUCCCUGAAUCUCCAGCUCCCUUUGGCUGCCACAGCAUCCGCACACAGGUGAGCCUAGAGGUGGUGCAGUGUCAGUCUGUAGCUACCAGCCCCAUGACCCCUCCUGAAGGGGACCUCGCAUUCUAUUUCCCCAGCUCUUUUGGAAAGUGUUCAGCUGUGGGUACAGAGACUAAAGACGCUGAGCUGCAGGUGGGUCAGCAGGUGGAGUUUCGCUCUGUCGCUACAGCACCUAUGACUCCAAGAACGCCCACCAUCACAGUUUUUCCUGAGAUCAGAAAGGAAGCCAGCAUAGAGGAGAAGAUAGUGGAGGAGGAUGAUGAUAAAAAGGAGCAGGUGGUGAAAGACAAAAAGGAAGCAGUUAAAGAGGAGGAGAAAGCAACCGAAGAGAAAAAGGUAGAAGCAGUUGAGGAGAAAGCAACCGAAGAGAAAAAGGUAGAAGAAGCUGAGGAGAAAGUAACUGAAGAGAAAAAGGUAGAAGCAGCUGAGGAGAAAGUAACUGAAGAGAAAAAGGUUGAAGCAGUUGAGAAGAAACUAACUGAAGAGAAAAAGGUCGAAGCAGUUGAGGAGAAAGUAACUGAAGAGAAAAAGGUUGAAGCAGUUGAGGAGAAAGUAACUGAAGAGAAAAAGGUUGAAGCAGUUGAGGAGAAACUAACUGAAGAAAAAAAGUUUGAAGCAGUUGAGGAGAAACUAACCGAAGAGAAAAAGGUUGAAGCAGUUGAGGAGAAACUAACCGAAGAGAAAAAGGUGGAAGCAGUUGAGGAGAAAGUAACUGAAGAGAAAAAGGUUGAAGCAGUUAAGGAGAAAGUAACCGAAGAGAAAAAGGUGGAGGCAUCUGAAGAAGACACAAAGGAUGCAAACAACUGUAAGGAGAAAGCUGAGGAGCCGGUGCAGGAGGUGAGCUGGGACGAAAAGGGGAUGACGUGGGAGGUGUAUGGGGCAGUGGUGGAGGUGACUGUGCUGGGCUCAGCUAUCCAGAAACACCUGGAGAAACAGGUGAAGAAGAGGCAGCCCUCCAUGCCUCCCCCUCCUCCACUCAACCCCUCGGCCAUACCCCUUUCUUCAGAAUCCACUAAGGGGGGUUCGGGUAAGGGCCGGGCAGGGAAGAGGGGAGAGCAGGAUGCGGAGGUAAGCCGACGCAGAAGAAACCCCUUCCGUCUGAUGAUGGAGAACAUGCAGCAGCCACAUUGUUGCUCCAAAGCUCAUACCACUGAGUGACGUAAGAAUUAAAAACAACAACAGCUGGUUGGAGAAAAAAAACCCUGUGCUGGAAAAUCACGUAAUGUAAUACAGUGCAUUCACUGAUUUACUUCAACGUGACAGUGUGUUGAGAAAUCACCUCCUCACACAUGACCAAAAAAAGCACAAAAGCAUUUAAUAUACAACUUCUAUCAUGGAGCAUUGAUCACUGAGAAUAUCAGUCGUAGAAGAUGGAUUUUAUUGUGUUUUUUUCGUGGAGUUCCACGUUUCCCUUGUUUUGGAAAAAUGAGGCUGAUAUAUCAGUGUCAUCGUUAGCUCUUCUCUUUGAAUGUUUUUCACCCGGGCCAUUCAUUUGUCCAUGAGUCAUUUUAGCUAUUGAUGCUUUUUUUUUUUUUUUUUAUGCACCUCAGACACCGCAGAUAUGAAGCCAUGGUAACCGUCCUCCUGGUUGCUGAACACAGCUUCAAUGGAGAGAGAUGCAAGCAGAGUGACAGUUUUAUGAAGUCACUACAACCUGGAGGUUAUUUUAUUCUGCUUGGAAGUUGAAGUUGACCUAAACGUUGCCUUGGUCGGUGUGAGAGGAGUCACUACCAUUAGUGCAGGCUUUUGUAUGUCUUAUAUUCUGCUUUGGCACAAUGUUUUAACUUGUUUGUAUUGUGAAAAGUAUAAAUAUGUACUGAUGACGAGCACAAUCAUGAUCACUUGAGAAAAGUAAUAAGUCCUGAUAUGAAGGGUAUUUUUACUACUUACUGUAUUUUAAUGCCAUAAUUAGUGAUUCAGUUGUAAAUUAUGUGAUGAAACUUAUUUUGAAUGUGUUCAGCAUUCAGCAGUUGUCACAGUGCCAGUGAUGUUGGUGUUCAUUUGUUUGUUCCUUCACUUCAUAAAAGUGGGAUCAAAUCCACAUUUGGAGAAAUUGAUUUUAUUCACAGAUUGCACUUGCAGAUACAUUCAUUUAGAUGUCUGUAAACAAUAAUAUUUUCAAUCUGCUGCUUGUAAGUCACAAAGUCACGCUGCAUGAGGUUUUAUUUCAGCAAGUACCACAAACCCAAAGCAAACACUGACAAAUUAAACCUUUUUUGACGUGCAUAAAUAAGGAUUUCAUUCAUACAUUAUGCAAUAUUUCUGUUUCCUCUUUUUGGAUUUUCUUUCUAUUAGCAUCAUCUGCAUCAAGAAUUAGCAUUGUGUGUUGACAUAACUUAUAAAACAGUUUAUUUCAAAGCAACAAACAGUUUUUAAACUGUUGCUUAAUAUAUUAAAAAAUAAAGUGAUUCACAUGUGCAACAAACAA